AUCUAAAUGCUUAAAGCAUUCGCAAGAAGUUACAGCUGCUGAACACAAAAAAGUUUUUGUGGUUACGCAAUUAAACGUAUUUGGUAAAUUGAAAGAAAAGCAAAAAAAAAAAAAAAUUGCGCACGCUUUUCGUUUAAUCCGUUCGAAUACGGAGCAGAUGCAAGCAGCGCUGCCGUGGUCCCUAUUUCCACUUGCCCCAGCUUUAAACUUAUCUAAAUGCGGAAACUCUUUGUAAUAUUCCAAACAGCAAACUUGUAUAAAAACAGAUGCAUCAUCUGUACCCAUCGCUGAAAGGCGAUCAGCUAUGUCCCCUCGGCUUUCAUCCACAGACACGUUAUCCCACAAGAUGUAAACGCUGCUUUCGUGAUUACAAAGAGCAUGGAGCUCGACGUGGUGGCGAUGAUGUGGCCGCAUCAUCGCCAAAUUUGUCUGAUGCGCAAAGCUCGCGGCCCACAUCACGUACAUGGACAUCCACGCAAAAUUUAACCAGCGCUAAUGUAAACAAUAGCAAUGAUAUAGUUGUCCACUUCAAUGUAGAGCUAAAGAAGCGUCCAGUAUCGUGGGCAUCCACGCCAGACAUUGAUGAGCAGGCCGAGGCGGCAGCAAAGCGCGCCACGAUUGCGUCGGCGCAACCAACGCGCCCAGCGGAUGAUCACAAUGUUGCGGUGACGCUAAAGCUGCCAGUGCCGCCCCGACGCCAUACCACCGCCUUGGAUAUUAAUGAGCUGGAGCCAAGCCGUGUCACUGCUUCCCCCAGUAAAACUUCAAGUAUUCCAGAUGAGCUAGUCAUCCUAUCGACCGACAGUCUUGCAGAGCGUGUGCGCAAAAUGAAUUUGCUAAAGAAACAGCGCAGCCUAAACUCCAGAGAAAAUAGUCGCGAACGUUCGCUGCCACGCAAGGAAGAGGAGCAUGAAAGCAAUUCUACACCACCUGAUCGCCCAGAGCGUAGCAAAUCCGGCACAGCACUUAAUCAACAGACGCAGCAGCAGUCACAGCAGCCGGAAAUCAAGCGCGCAGCCUUGCCACCCAAAAAAGUGCCAACAGUAACUGUAACCACAGCCGCAGCAACGUCCAGCAGCAGCAGCAGCACCACCAAUACCACCAUCGUCAACAAAGUGUCCACCACAAGCGCCAGCAGCAAACAAGCCGAGGUGAAGAAUACUAGCGCUAGCAUGAACGGUACGCGACGCAAGGAAACGGAUGCUGGCGACAGCAAAGAGCUUAAAAGACAAACCGUGCCAGCGGCAGCCGCGCCAACAGCUUCCAAUUCCACCGCCAGUUCUCUUAAGGAGCAAAUGAACUUGCUACGCACUGAGCUGGAGUCCAUGAAGACACGCGCCGAGCGUGCAGAGCGAGAAAAGAGCGAUAUAUUGCUUAGACGACUGGCAUCCAUGGACACUGCCUCCAAUCGCACUGCAGCCUCAGAGGCGCUCAUUUUGCAGCAAAAACUAAACGACAUGAAGGAGCAACUGGACCGAGUUAACGAAGACAAACGCAAGCUUAACGUGCGCAUGAAGGAGCUGGAGCGCAAGGAUAGCGCUGCGGAGCUUAAACGCAAACUGCAGGCAGCAGAGCAAAUUUGCGAAGAAUUAAUGGAGGAAAAUCAAAGCGCCAAAAAAGAGAUUUUGAAUUUGCAAGCAGAAAUGGAUGAAGUGCAAGACACCUUUCGCGAUGAUGAAGUCAAGGCCAAGACAAAUUUGCAAAAGGAUUUGGAGAAGGUUACAAAGAACUGUCGCAUCUUGAGCUUUAAGCUAAAGAAGAGUGAGCGUAAAAUCGAAACGCUAGAACAGGAAAGACAAAGUAGUUACAAUGCAGAGCUCUGUAUAAAGGUGAAGAAGCUAGAGGAGGAGCUGCGUUUCUCCAGUGAAUUAACGCGAAAGCUGCAGGCUGAAGCUGAGGAACUACGCAAUCCAGGCAAGAAGAAAGCGCCUAUGUUGGGUGUCUUGGGUAAAUCCACCUCAGCAGAUGCUAAAGUAACGCGUGAGUCACUAACACGUGGUGGCUCCCAAGAAGAUCCGCAGCAUCUGCAACGCGAACUGCAAGACUCCAUAGAGCGCGAGACUGAUCUUAAGGAUCAACUGAAAUUCGCCGAGGAGGAGGCUGAGCAUAUGAGGAAAAAGGUGACUCGUUUCGAGGAUGAAAAUGAGUCAUUGAUGAUGCAGUUGAAAAAAAUGGCAACGCGCUCAAGAACACGCAAGCUAAGUCCUGCACCACAUGCGCAUCGCUUGGCGCCCGAAGUGCAUGCAGAUCGCGACGAAGGCAUAUCCGAUGAAGAUGAUCCUGCAGAGCUACGUAUACUACUCGAGCUAAAUGAGCAAGAGGCUUCCAUACUGCGACUAAAGGUUGAAGAUUUGGAAAAGGAGAAUGCCGAAUCGAAGAAAUAUGUGCGUGAACUGCAGGCUAAGCUGCGACAGGAUAACAGCAAUGGCAGCAAAUCCUCAUUGUUGAGCUUUGGCAACGCUGCAGAGAAGAAGUUGAAGGAGGAACUAGCACAGCUGCAGAAGAAAAUGCAAGAAAAUGAAACCAAACUAACAACUGAGAACGAGAAAUUGAUUAAGGAGAAUAAGCGCUUACAGCUGCAGACGUUGCGCCGCGGCAGCUCCAUAGAGAAAACCAACGAAGCUGAGCUGACAAAACUUAAGGACACUUUGGCUGUGGCGCAGCGUGAACGCGAUGAGCUGACUGCUAGGGUAAAGCGCAUGCAGUUGGAAGCAGAAAAUCAACUGCCCGCUAGAACACCAAAGCGUGUUAAUGACUUAACGCCCAAAAGUCAUUUGAAGAAAUGGGUGGAAGAGCUGGAAGAUGAAAUAAGCGAGAUGCGUGUACUUAUAGGCAGCAGCGGAGCCCAGCAGCUAAAGUCUUUGCAGUCAGAGAAGUCCAACUUGGAAGAAGAGCUGGCGAAGAACAAACAAAAGCUAACUCUAGCCGAGGGCGAUGUGCAACGUUUGAAGCUGCUUAAUGGCAACAGCAGCAAAGCCACAGAGCUCGAACAGAAACUUAAGCGCAGCGAGGAGGAGAGCAAGAAGUUCAGCAGCAAGCUCAAGGAUCUGGAGGACAAGUUGAAGAAGACUGACAGUCAACUUAAACUAGCAGAGAGCAGCAGAAGCACGCUAGAAGCGCAAAGCAAACGAGAUAAAGAUAAGCAUAGCCUCAACGAAAAGGAACUGGAGAAAGCAAGCAAGGAACGCGAAAAGCUGGAAGCCAAGCUAACCCAACUGGACAGCGAUCUUUUAGCUGCUAAAAAAGCUGCUGAGAAAACUAAGAGCACGCUGGAAAAGGAGCUCAAGGAUGUCAAGAGCAAGGCCAGCAAAUCAGACAGCAAGCAGGUGCAAGAGCUUAAGAAGCAGCUCGAAGAAUUGCAGUCUACACUGGGCUCAGAGCAACAGCGCUAUGAGGAACUUAAUACACACUGGGAGAAGCUUUCGGAAGAAACCAUAUUGAUGCGUGCGCAGCUUACUACAGAAAAGAAAUCCUUGGAAGCUGAACUCAAUGCCAACAAGCAGAAGCUGGCGGAUAUGGACACCAUACGAAUUGAACGCACUGAUAUGGCGCGCAAGCUCAACGAGGCACAAAAGAAGAUAAACGAGCUGGAGGUGAAGACUUUGAAGAGCGGCAACAAUAGCGAAUAUGAGCGUACAAUGCUCAAGAAUAAACUCGCGGAGAAGGAGCAUGAGUAUGAGCGUUUGCGACGUGAGAAUGAAAUGAAUAUUGACUUAGUGUUUCAACUGCGCAAGGACAACGAUGAAGUGAAUAGCAAGCUGAGCGAUUUUAAUCGCAUUGAGCAGGCGCAGUCAUCGCUCAAUGGACAUGGUGCCAGGCGCGAGGCGGAGAUCAGAGAGCUGCAGCAACAAUUGCAAUCCACUCAGCUGCAGCUAAAGUCUGAAGUGGCAUCCACACGACUGCGCUACGAACAACAAGUGAAGAAUCUCAGCGGUGAACUCAACUCGCUGCAACGUCAAUGCGAACGCUUCAAAAAAGACAGAGAUGCGUUUAAGCAAAUGCUGGAGGUAGCGCAAAAGAAGAUUGGCGAUCUCAAGGCAAAUAAUACGGGACGUCAAAGUCGUAGCUCCAUGCACAGCAGCGAUGAUGAUGACAAGAGCAAGAUAGCAUAUCUGGAGCAGCAAAUAGGACAUCUGGAGGAUCAGCUGGUGGAGGCGCGUCUUGAGUCUAGCAAGGUGAAAACUGAGCUGGUAUCAGAGCGCAGUGCGAAUGAGAUCAAAAUCUCGGAGAUGCAGUCCAAAUUAAAUGAGUUUGAGGAGGAGCGUGUUAUAGGCUCAGGCAGCACCAAGCUGCCAGGCAUGAAGACCAAGCUAGAGUUGUCCUGGCAGAAGGAGCGCGAAGAUCAACAGCGCCUGCUGCAAGAGACGUCUACCUUAGCGCGUGAUUUGCGCCAAACAUUGUUUGAGGUGGAGCGUGAGCGUGAUAAGGAACGUCUAGAAUCCAAGCGUAAGCUGGAUCAAAUUAAACGCGGCACCGAGGAAGAAAUGGAGGAGGGACGCAAAAAGAUCGCCGAGCUGCAAUGCGAUUUGCUGGAGCUGCGUGAUGUGCAUGCCAAACUGCGCACCUCCAAUGAGAAGCUGAGACGUGAGCGCGAACGCUAUGAGAAGGAGCUCAUCAAGCGACGCAUGGAACAGGAUGGCGGUGAGCGUAAAGUUGGUGCUUUGCUGCAGACGGUAGAUGAGCUGGUGAAGAUUGCACCUGAUCUUAAGAUCAGUAGUACAAAAGCGCCCAGCUAUGAGCACACUUUGCGUCCGGAACAGGCUAAUGUCCGCCGUAGUCGCAGUCCAUCGCCCACAUUAAGCACAUCACAGAUUACCAAUGUGCUGGCACGGCUAGCUGAAGCUUCCGAGGAGCUGCGCAAGUUCCAGCGCAUAAACGAGGAUGAGCAAGAGCGUAGUCGCAUGCGUCGUGGUGGUCUGCGCCGUGCUGCCUCGCAGGAGAACGAUCCACAUGGCAGCACCAGCUCAGUGGCCAGUGCUGCAGGUUCUCAGCGUGGCGGCGGGCGAUUAUCACGCAAUUCCGCCAACAAUGGCAGUCUUAUACGCAAGAGUCUAUCGUUGGAUCACUCCAUACAACGCGAUCAGAACAUUUGGCGACAGGAUGAUGGUAGCGUAAGCUCCAUGCAGUCUAUAGACUCGGAGCUAGGCGGACUUGUGCGGGAUUCUAGUUUGGACUCUAGACUAGAUUCACGCUUAUCGGGUGGCUCCACUCAAAGCGACAUACCACGUGGUCCACGCAAGAAGAAGAAGGGCAUCAUGGGCAAGCUGCGCAGUUUGACCAAAAGUGGUCGCAAUUCCGAGAGUGAAAUAUCGAUUCAAGGAUCUGAUUCAGACAUUAGCGUUGCUAGCGACAUGAGAUCCAGCAAGAAGGAUCUGCGUGGCCGUCUCUCUGGCAUGUUCAAGCGGUCCGGCUCCAAUUCACGCAGCGAAAGCAUUGAGCGCGCCAGUUCCGAGCAAAGACCUGUAGCAGUUACCGUUGUAGGACAUCCAGAUGGACCACAGCCACGCGAGCCACCGCCUGCCAAUGCGGUUACACCCAAACCCAUACGUUCGAUCCCCAAGCCACCAGCUGGCACACCCACCACACCCACCACAAGACGACGCGUAGCCAAGUAGUCCACACAAGUAAUAAGCCAGAACAUCCAUCAUUAUAACCAUCAACUUAGUUAUGUACACAAACACACACUCGCCUAGUUGCUUGAGUUCCCACCAAGGACAUGCAUGUCCUAACUACAUAUAAACUGCAUAUAGUGCUUAUCACUUUGUAUGCGCAUUUUUUUAUACCAACUGCAUUGGGACUUGAGCUACAUUUAAUCAUCGUAUUUAUUUACUCGUUUUUACCUAUUUUUUGUUGUUUUUUAUUAUUUAAUUUGUUUUUGUAUUCGUGAUUACAAAAUAAA